GUCAGAGGGGAAGGACGGUCGCCGCUUCACCUCCCACUUUCCCUUACCUUGAUGGAGGGCGCGUGAUUACCUGCGGCGGCUCACAGGUGUAGGAUGGACCCCGGGGCGCCUUGGAAGAUCGGGAAGAAAGAGCAGCAAGUGUGGGUGGAGGAGGAGGAAGGGGGCGUGUCCGGAGUGGAGAAACUGAGAGGCUAUUAUGAUGAAGCAAGGAAUAAGCUGAAGAGUUACUUGGGUAGGGAAGACGCAAUGGGGAGUGGCAGCAGUAGCCCACGACCGCAGGCUGGUGUGGGCGUGGUGGAGGGCGGUGUGGGCGGAACAGUCUUCCAGCAACGCCCCGCCCACUGCCGCUUGGAAGGAAGGACGGAUGUUGAUAGUGGCGAGGAAUUCACUGAUAUAUCCUACUCUGACCUUGGCUUCAUUAUCACUCCAAAUCCCAAGAAGUUGACCAUAAACAAUAACUACAAGACGAGUGUGGAUGGCACUUCCACCUCCUCCACUACUUCCUCCUCCACCUCCUCCUCCUCCUCUUCAGAUCCCUCCCAGGCCUCGCUUCCCACCUCCCCUACGCCUACGCCCUCGGAGGCUGGCUAUAUGGACCACCAGGACUGUGAUCCGGUAAGCAGCACAGUGGAGUCUGGAAACACCACUCAUUCUUCCACCACCCCUUCACCCUGCUCCACCUCCUCGCCAUCCACCACCAGCCACCCUUCCCUGCAGCACCGGGCCAGCUCCAGCAGCUUCACCAUCCCAGGGGCGCCCUCACCCUCCUGCACCUCGCCCAAAAACCUUGAUGACCUGAAAUUGGAGGAGAUUACGUCUUAGAUAUCUAUAGUACUGUGUGUGUGUGUGUGUGUGUGCGUGCGUGCGUGCGUGCGAGCGUGUCGUAUCCAAAUCCUACCGCUGCCACCAAUGUAAUAGUGACUUUUUUUGUGUGUGUGCGUGUGUGUGUAUGUAUGCGUGCGUGCGUGCGUGCUUCAUUCAUGCCUACAUUUUUCGACUUGUCUAUGUUAUCAGUGUAUAAUAUGUACGCAGUUUAUAUAUUUUCUGUAUCUAUUUCCAUGUGAGUUUUAAUUUGUUUAUUUAUCUUUAUACACAUCAGCAUUUCAUUUACAUUCCGUUAAUUAUCUUAAAAAAAAAAGCAAGGUACAUAUUUAAGCAUUGUUAUUCAUGUAUCCAUUAUUCAUUUUUCGUUUCGCCUCCCAGACUCACUCAUUCAUUCACUCACUCACUUGUUCAUCGGGAUUCCAACCACGUGACUCAUGACUCAUGGUUCGUGCGUAUGUGCGUCGCAGAGGUAUGUGUGUGCGUGUGCGUGUGUACGUAUAACUAUGUGCGUGUUUCAGAGUAAUCACGAUUCACACGAGCGCGCGCACACACACACACACACACACACACACACACACACACACACACACACACACACACACACACACACACACACACACACACACACAGAGAGAGAGAGAGAGAGAGAGAGAGAGAGUGACCUAAAUAUCAGCAACUCCAGUAACUCGUAUAUUUUUGUCUCUAGUCUCCAUGAUUAAUUCCUCUCUCUCUCUCUCUCUCUCUCUCUCUCUCUCUCUCUCUCUCUCUCUCUCACACACACACACAUGUUAAAGGAGCAAAACAGCAAAGUAAGUCAAUAGUAGUACACACACACACACACACACACACACACACACACACACACACACACACACACACACACACACAUGUAAGGAACACGUAUAGAUCAGGUCAGCAGUGUAUUGGGAGGCUUAUUGAGUGACGUGGGUAAGGAGGAGGAGGAGCAAGAGGAGGAACAUUAAAAGAAAGAGGAGGAAGAGGAGAAGAACGAGGAGGGAGAGUAGAAGGAGGAGGAGGAGGAGGAAGAAGGAAGAAGAAGAAGAAGAAGAAGCUUUGAAAUGUGAGAUUGUAUUGUAAUUCGUUGUCAUCUUUCUUCCUCCUCCUCCUCCUCCUCC